GCGAUGAAGGCAGGCCUCAAGGAGGAUUCACGCCCCUCAUGCUGGCGUCGAUAGAGAGUGUGCUCACAUCGUCAAGAUCCUGCUGGACAACGGGGCCAACGCGUCGAUCGUGGCCAGCGACAGGGACACGACCCUGAGCGUCGCGGCCCAGAAGGGUCACGCGGAGGUGGCGAAAAAUCUCGUCGACGCCGGCGCGGACAUCAAGGGGCAGACAUCCGACGGGUGCACCCCUUUCCACGUCGCCGCCUACGAGGGUCACCCGGGGGUCACGAGAGUCCUGAUCGAGGCGGGCGCGAACCCCAACAGCCGCAUUUCGGACGGGUCGACGCCGAUGUACAGCGCGGCGUUCAAGGGCCACACGGAAGCCGUCCGGAUCCUGAUUCGCGCGAAGGGGAAUCCUCGGUUCGUCGUCACGAGCGCGUCCGGGAACAGUUUCGUGCCCCUGGACAUACAUGGCCGUGCAGUACGGCCAUGCCGGGGUGGUUCGCGAGCUUCUCAGGGAGAACGGGAUCAGGGGCUGCGCCGGGGUUACCGGCGGCGUGCCGGCCCUCCGCGGUGCCGCCAAGGAGCAGCACGUCGGGGUUAUGGCCAUGCUCGCCGACGCCGGAGUCGCCGACGCCGGGGGCCAGGCGCUGGUCAUCAUGGCGGAGUUCGGCCGCGAGGCCUCGGUGAAGUUUCUGAUCGGGCUGCAGGAGAAGAGGCGCGAGACCGCCCGGGUGUCCUACGUGAGCGACACGCUUGACCCGUGCGGCAGGACACCCGUGCUCUCGGGCAUCGGCGUGAGCCCCGAGCGGUCCUGCUCCCCCAGGAUCAUCCGAAUGCUGAUCGACGCCGGGGCGGCCAACCUCGGCCGUCGCGAGGAUUACCAACAUGCUCGGCGAGGUGGCGUUCAACGGCACGCCGCUGAGCAUCACGGAGCGGAUACUGCGCGAGCGGAAGAUUUACGGGCGGGACGCCACCGUGGAGAAGCUACGCAAGCUGGAGGCCGUCCGCCGCCUGCUGCUGCUGCAGGUUGCCGCCGUUCGUGCUGUCUCUUGGCUGUGGCCGAGCGAUUGUAGCGAUGAUACUCUCGCCCUCGCUGAGGGCAAAGCUACGGCGGCGAAGAAGGCAGAAACUCCGCUCGCGACGAUGCUGCCGGUCUUGGGGCGAAGGAUCAGAAGGCGCAUCGCGCUGUUGGCGCCCUUGUUCGGUGGGUAGAUCAGUUGUCUAGUGCUGUGAUGUUCGGGAGUCAUCUUAAUCUUGGAGGCGCCUUUUUGACGAUGUAUUAGGGUUUAUUAUUAUUAUACAAGAUGUGGCAUCAUUUGGACCCUGGGAGUGAGUGCUUGGUGCUGUAAUGUCAUGCAUUCAUAGUGUUCGUGCCGAGGGAGCCUCUUUGCUACUGAUUCCGCAGUAGUAGACGCUGCGGGUAUUAUCCGCAAGAUGACCUUUGGGUUGUUGGCUUGAUUCUCGUUUCCCUGGUGCCCUGGUUGACGUCGAAAGCCCCGCUCGAGAGGAGGGCCCGCGUGCGGUCCGCGGAGCCAAAGUGCGCCGCCUUGUGCAGCUUGUUUCUGGGGCCUCGAGGCCAUUGCUGCAGGGUACGUGCCGGAGGCAUGCUGCAAGGUUGCAAGACAAGUUGUAGGCGACAGGGCGGGAGCAGGAGGAGAGACUGCACGGUGGUUGCGCAGAGCUAAGUAGGCGACAGCGUCAACAGGCUUUCCGCGGUUUUGGGGGUCCCGUGCCGUCAUUUGGGGAUGGAAUAUUUUUUGUUUGUUGUUGUUUCGAGAAACAAGUUGUUUCUCACAUUAUUUUGACAGUUUCGGACUCAGAAAUUUUGGAAACAUAUUUUGAGUUAAGCCGUCGUUCUGACGAUCGCUCCUGACAGUCUCGCCAGAACCAACAACAAGGAAAAAAGUUUCAGGAGGGAGGCUCGGUUUGUGGUAAUUUUUUCACGAUUUUUCGAUUUAGCAACUUUCUUCGAAGUAACACAUCAUCAUCACAUGCACCACCACCGCAAGGCUUUUUGUCCUCUCUUUAUUUCAUUUCCUCUUUCCUUAUUACUGUUUCCCUUUAUUUUCUUCUCUUUUUCUCUCUCUCUUUUUCUGUGCCAGAUGGCCUUCCUUGUCUCGGCUUGCGUUGUGA